AUGUCCUCUUACGUUGUUGUCGGAGCAUCGCGAGGCCUUGGCUUUGAAUACCUCAAACAACUUUCUGAAAACCCCGAAAAUGUUGUCGUCGGCCUCGUCCGUAAUGUGCAGGCCACCAAAGAAAAGGUUGCUGCUGAAAUCAAUCGACCCAAUGUCCACAUCUUCUAUACCGAUCUGAACGACUACAAGACACUCCCUGGAGCUGUGGAGGAGACCUCCAAGGUCAGUGGCGGCAAGCUGGAUGUCCUCAUCGCCAAUGCGGCCGUUGGCGGAGACCACUUUGACCAAACGCUGAGCCAGCUAGGCAGCGACCCUGGGAAGCUUGAGAAAGACUUGACGGAUUGUUUCCGCCUCAACGCGGUUGCGCAAGCCCACGCGGUCAAUGCUUUUAUGCCUCUUGUCCUGCUGGGCAAGGCCAAGAAAGUGAUCAUGAUGACGACAGGCAUGGCCGACGUGGACUUGGUGAGGAAAUACGAUAUAUGGAUGGCCGUGGGCUACUGUGCUUCGAAAGCAGCCCUGAACAUGAUCAUCGCCAAGUUCAGUGCCGAGUACCGCGAAAAGGGUGUCCUAUUUCUGGGCAUCUCCCCUGGCGUGGUCGAUACAAGUGCAACCGACACCGACGGCUCCAAAGAUCCCACGAACCCCGCUUUGUCAGCGCUGGGGGCGAAGCUGCUCGAGUACGAACCAGGGUGGAAGGGCGCGAUUACAACCGAGGAGUCAAUCAAGAAGGUCCUGUCCGUGACUGAGAAAGCGAGUGUUGAGGAUGGCAAUGCUGGCGACUUCUUAUCUCACUUUGGUAACAAGAAGUGGGUGUAA